AUGUCUCAAUAUUCCACAGUCGAAGGGACCAAGCACCAGGAGCAAACCCAAAGGACCCGGGAAUUCAUCGAGGCGCUUUUUACCAAGAAAGAGGAUUGGGAUCGUGCGUUCCCUGCAGCACUGUCGGACGACCUAAUAUGGACUACCAACGGAUCGUCUCCUAUCUCCGGCCGCUAUACGAGCAAGCAGGACUACGUCGACAGGGUGCUGAAACCGAUGCACGAAAUCGUGGACAAACUCCCUGCCCCGACUGUUAAGCAUACCUUUGUGGAUGGGUACUGGGCGGUGGUUCAUUGGCGGUGCGAAGGUGUAAAAGCAAAGAACGGGGCGAAUUAUGACCAGGACUAUUGUUGGCUUCUCCGGACAAACGGUCAAGCGGAAAACAAGAUUGUCGAAAUUUUAUCCUGGUUUGACCCCAACAGGCUAUCCGCGGCACUCGAAGGCACUGGCGUAACAUUUCCCGGCGCUCAAUCCAGGAUCGAGUAA